AUGCCGGACCAGGGGGUGGGGUGGCUGAGUGGUUGUUUGGCAAAGGCUGUCACUUAUGUUCAUUCAGUGGUGGUUGAAGGUCCGUCGGCUCUCUCUUCUGCUACCCCUAACCACGGAAGCUCGUUGCCUUUAACACGAGUCAUCUUCCACAGUGACUCGCAGACUGCUCUAUCAUGGGCCGAGCUCGGCCACGCCGGUUGCUCUAGUACCGAGAAAGUUAUGGUGAAAAGGCUAGCAAAUAACAUCAGGGAGCUUCUCGACGAGAUUCAACUAUACGGUGUUGAGGUUCUAAUGAAGAAGGUUACUGGAGAGGAGAAUGCCGAGGCUGAUGCACUGAGCAGAAUUCUAGACAACAUGGGAUUGUCCGGUCCUAGGUCUGAGGAUAGACUCGCUCCGCACUUGAGUAUCGUCUUGGACCCCACGGUGUUGGCGCUCGGUCGUCCCGGAGAUGAGGCACGUCAGCGACUUGCUGGUAUUCAAGCAGCGUCACCCAAGUUCAAGGACGUCAUCAACAAGCUCACGGUCGCCUCUUACCCAGAUGGUAUCAUGGUCGAUGGUAAGCUGGAAUAUCUCAAGUUCGAGGAUGGCCUGCUCGUAGCCCUUAAAUUCCCGCAUGGAGAUACGGCUCAGCCUCCUAAAAAGCUCAUAGCUAUCCCUACGGAUGUUGAGGAGGGCGUGCAAGAAGCCACUAGGGUGAUUACCAGCUAUCACGAUGUGGGAGCACAUGAUCACUGCCGACGAACUCGUUGGCGAGUCGGGAGGGAUUUCUGGAUUCCAGGGAUCACCUCAUUGACUGCCAAGAUCGUUCGGGAAUGCCCCGAUUGCCAGGCUGCAGCUACUACGAGAUUUUUCGCCUCAGGUAGCGGUGAUUACAAUCAUCUUGAUGCCGGCGUUCGCAACAUUUGGAGCGUCGUCAGUUGUGAUCUGGCUGGACCAUUCGUGCGGUCUAGGCAAAAUCACACUUAUGCCCUGGUGUUCGUCUGCGAGUUUUCCAAGUUCACUUAUAUGGUAGGAAUCAAGGAUUCGUCUGGCCGUGCCGUGUCCCAGGGAAUGGAAGCUGCAUUCGAUAUCCUGGGAACACCGGAAAGGCUGCGAAGUGACGGCGGUCCUUGUUUCCGCAGCCGUUUCCUUGGCAACUUCCUAUCCCGCAGAGGUGUUAAGCACCAUAUCUGCCUUCCUUAUGCUCCUUGGCAGAAUGGGAGUGCUGAAGCUGCGGUUGGUUCCCUCAAACGCACUUUGCGCCGUUAUCGUGAUGUCUAUAAUGCUACCGGUAAAUGGGAGGAUCUCAUGGCUAAGGCGAUGCGCCGAACGAAUGCCAAACCGGGGCUGACAGGCAAAAGCAGUUUUGAGAUCUUUUUCGGUCGUGCCCGUCGUGAAGAAGAAGAGCUGCGCCUUGCUCCGGGUGGGGCCACUCAAGCGCUUAAUCCGCCGAGCCGUGAUGAGAAACCACCUGUCCUCGACGACAUUGAGAAGGAGAGAGAAGCGUUGAAGGACGACCUCAUCCAGGCCAAGGAAGAGCGGCCUUUGGUCACCACUUUGAGACCAAGGAGAAAAGCGCAAAUGCCUAAGAUCGGGGAUCGCGUACUAGUCUUCCGACCCGAUCCUUUCGGUGGCGCCGGUCAUGGGCAGGGGAAGUAUAGCCGUGACUGGUAUAGAGUUGUUAACAUUGAUCUACCUUCUCUGCGGGUGGAGGUGCGAAAAUCCGAUACUGCGGAGAGCACCUCGUGGGAGAGCCUACGCAAUAUUCGUCCCUUUUACGGUUAA